UUGGCUAGCUUGCAACUAGGUUUUAAAAAAUCUGCCCACUUGCAACGUUCAUUUGGCUUGUAGCUCGAUCGAAGUAUUCAAAAAGUAGCUGGGUAGCCAUGCUAACGUUAGCUAAAAUGUAUAGUCUAUGUAACGGUAAUGCUAGUUAGUUAGUCACGUUUGCUAACUGGAAGUAGCUACUUAAUUAUGGCAGUAACGACGUGCUGUUGCUCGCUAGUCUGAGUCUGAAUCAAAACGGAAAAGAAAUAACGCUUGUAACUACCAAUAAACAUGCAGCUAUCCGUAGUUCACUUAUAUGGCUUGAUGCAUACUUAGCUAAAAAGCUUUGUGAUUUGCUAUUGCUUUGCCAGGCUUCUCUUUAUGUGGUUAACGUUAGCCAUGGUACAUUGAGAACGCCUACCAGUUAUCUUGAGCACGCUUGCUUACUAGCUAGUCUAGAUGGAUCAUGCGAAUGAGUGGACCGGUGCUAACAUGUUAAUAUUAGCUAUGUGUAUGUAAAUAAAAAUAUAAUGUGUUGGUUAACUAGCUUUCUCGGUAACGAUAGCGUGUUGACGCAAGCACGUUUUGCCCGGAAAUGGUGGCUAGAUGGCUAGCUAGCCAACAAACAUGAAGUAGCUUUUUAUUAGCUGUAGAGUGCAAACGAAACCUCAUUUGAAUUCACUGUGCAAAAAGCAAGUCUGUGAAAAUAAAUAAUAAUUAAAGCAUGUAAUAAGAAGCUAGAUUUUAUUUUGUCGGGCGAAUGGCAAACGCCAACUAGCUACGUAGACCUAAUAAUACUUUGUCAGUUGAGGAAUAUUAGCGUUCGUUGUGCUAGUAGGACACCUAGCUUCCGAAUAAUUGUAUUCGUUACCUCUGCCCCUCCUAAAUACGAUUGACAGGUGACAAGAGGGAGUACACCAAUGUAAUUGGUUUUACGAUGGCACCAUCCUUUAGCGUAUUGGACACGCGUAUUGUCAUUUAAGGAACAAGAACAGUUUCUGAGGCAGUACGGGGACGCAAUCAAGCUAACUUGUCCCGGCGUUGAAUUUGCUCACGUCCUUAAAAAUUCUUACUUGGAGCCAUGGUAACAUAUCGCUAGCUGAAGUGGUUGAAAUUGAACGGUCAUCUUAUUUUUCAUUUAGCUCCUUGGAGUUUUACAGACGUUCACAGCUGGAUUUGGGAAAGGUUCCAGGUAGACAGUCCGCUAACCGGGUAUCUGAUCAUACAGUAAUUAGUUGAUGGAAUAGAAUGUUUUUCAAGUUUUAGUUUUGAUAUCUGUACACUUCAGAACUGCCCUAGCUAACUAGCGAACAAGGUGGCCAGCCAUCCAGUUGUCUACCGAGCUAAUUCGCUUUUCUUUGCGAGUGCUUUGCAGCUCUGAAAACUACCGGCAACAUUACACAUUCAUUAAGGUACAAUCAAGGCAGCUUAUUUUGUUUCAAUGGUCUCGGAUCAUUAUGCGGUAUUUAUUUUACUUUUCAGUGCCUGCUAACGAAAGGCCUUAUCUAAUGUUGAUUAAAGAAAACCAUUAGCUUUGUAUGCUAGCAAGUUAUGCUACGGGAAAUAGAGAUGGAUCACUAGAAAACCAUCUCAUUUCGGAGAAGUUGAAAUGACUGUAGUGUAAGUUACGCUGCAUGUUUGCCAUAUGAUCUGGGUAUGUUUAUAUCUGGAUAUGUUUAUCUCUUUUAUUUCUGCGUAACGAUCUGUGGGCGAACUGUAGCUGCCCGCAUCGUGAGAGGACCUAGCCUUCACAUAUAUCGCGAGGCUGAGAGUAAGCUUAUGUUACUGCAUUUCACAUUGAUAUUUUGUUGCAGCUGAGCAGCGAGCUAGUGCCGAGGUUCCAGAAUAAGCGGAUGUGCAUGCAACUUUACGCUCUGCGACAUCUCUUGUUUAUCGUGUUUAAUUCUAAAUUAUAUAACUGCUGAGGAGUCUUGGCACCCCUCCUCGUCUCGUGUAACUAACUGGCUCGCUGGCUGCUGUGUAAGGACGCUUUCAAGAAACCAUAUUUCUACAGUCUCUUAGACGUCACCUUGAUGUACAGAAUGCCCACUGACUCUGUGCUGUGAGACGAACGCAGCUGAAUGGCUGGUAACACACACAUGCAUAUUACCAAUGAAGACACUGAAGAUGCCAGUGAGACAGAUCUGGCAAAACACGAUGAGGAUGAUUACGUUGAAAUCAAAGAACAGAUGUACCAAGACAAAUUGGCAUCGCUCAAGCGCCAAUUGCUGCAACUUCAAGAAGGUGGUACACUGCAGGAGUAUCAGAAGAGAAUGAAGAAGUUAGACCAGCAGUACAGAGAGAGGCUGCGCAAUGCAGAUCUUUUCCUGCAACUUGAGACGGAGCAGGUGGAGAGAAACUACAUCAAAGAGAAGAAGGCGGCGGUGAAGGAGUUUGACGAUAAGAAGGUCGAGCUGAAGGAAAACUUAAUUGCCGAGCUGGAGGAGAAGAAGAAGAUGAUAGAGAACGAAAAAUUAACAAUGGAACUGACAGGCGAUUCCAUGGAGGUAAAACCCAUCAUGACGCGGAAGCUGAGAAGGCGGCCGAACGAUCCCGUCCCCAUCCCGGACAAACGGAGGAAACCCGCGCCUGCUCAGUUAAACUAUUUGCUAACAGACGAACAGAUAAUGGAAGACCUACGGACACUGAACAAGCUCAAGUCACCCAAACGUCCAGCUUCGCCGUCGUCUCCGGAGCACCUUCCCACCACGCCCUUGGAAGCGCCGACGCAGCGGUACGAAGCGCGCAUCGAGGAGGGGAAGCUCUACUACGACAAACGAUGGUACCACAAGAGCCAGGCCAUUUAUCUGGAGUCCAAGGAGAACACCAAGAUCAGCUGCGUCAUCAGCUCUGUGGGAACAAACGAGAUCUGGGUGAGGAAGACGAGCGACAGCACGAAGAUGAGGAUUUAUUUGGGACAGCUACAGCGGGGCGCGUUCGUGAUCCGACGUAGAUCGGCGGCGUAGAGGUCACCCACUCGCCCCCCUCCCCCCCCCCUUUUCAUCGCUAGCAUCAUGUGACCAUCAUCCCCGCUGCAUCGCCCAAGGACCUUCUGGUGCGGAGAAGCCACCAUCUGACCCCGUCGGCAGGGAGAUAAGCAGAGGUCAAGACUUCACGCAGGCGAAAAAAAGAACAUUCUUCCUGACUUAUUUUUCCUUCUAGCGUAAAAAAAACUGCAGCCAUAGAAAACUUGAUUUUUAACUUUUUUUUUUUUUCUUUGUUUCCUUUUUAAUUUUAUUCCUUCCUUGGUCACUAGGUGAUCUGGUGUGGAUUUUCUUUGGCUACACCGUUCAUAUGCCCACGACAGACCUGGGUCAAAUACCGUGUGUGUUUUGGAUUCAAAUGCCUUUCUACGCUUUAAUGAUCUUGUCUGGUGUUUUGGAACCAACGCAAACAGUGCAAAACCCGCCUUCUGGUCAUAUUGGCAGGCUCAGUUACACCAGACAAGAUCAAUAGAGCACCCAAAAGUAUUUGAAUAUUUGAAUCCAAAAGAAAAAUACGCAAUUGACCCAGGUCUGGCCCACGAUAUGCAAUACGCUUUCUCCUCGUACCGAUUUGUGAAUUCAGAGGAGUCCCUAUGUCAUAUCCUCUUCUGCUAUUCGUGGAAAUCAUGUUCCCAUCUUCGCAUUCGAGCCUGUCGGAGCGUCGCCAUUGGAUGAGAGGUAAAGUUAGGAAGCUUUAACAUUUGUGUUGUCUCCUGUUUGUAUCUCGUAUUGUGUUGCCUCUUUUUCUCCACCCCUCCCAUACCCUGUAUUUUAACCAACCCCCCCCCCCCCCCCCCCUUUUUUUGGUCUUUGAUAUUGAUGGAAAAAGAGCAUAUACCAUAUAACCGUUUUGAAUUUUGCUUUUUAAAGGUUUUACUUUUUGUAUGUGUAUAAAAAAUAAAAAUAAACUGCAUAGCA